UUUAACAAGUGGUGUUGGAAUUUAUUAUUAUUUCACAUAUCAUGAUCCUAAAACGUUAUCGUCCCCAGAAGUGCUCAAUGAUGUGUCUGUAAGGCGUGAUAAUUCUAAAGUUAGAUUCCCUAUCAUGAAGAGCGGAUUAGCACUUGAAAAAAAUGCCGAGAAGCCGAUACGAAUGCGAGACAAAAUGGAGAAAUAUAUCAUAUCACUUCAGGAGCGUAUCGUGAAAGAAAUAGAAUCUAUUGAUGGCAAAAAAUUUUAUAUCGAUCGUUGGGAACGUGCACAAGGUGGCUACGGUAUUUCUUGUAUUCUACAAAGUGGCAAUGUUUUUGAAAAAGCUGGUGUAAAUAUUUCGGUAGUUUCCGGUGAUCUACCUGUUCCAGCUGUACAACAAAUGAAAUCUCGUCAUAAAGAACUUGAUCCUGAAAAAG